AUGCUCGGACUGACCGGUCAAAUAGACAUCCCGUUCAACGGUGGACCACGUAUUUGUAUCGGUCAGCAAUUUGCUUUGACCGAAGUGGCUUACACGACCGUCCGUAUCUUGCAGACCUACUCGCGAGUCGAGUGCAAGAUGGCCGAGCCACCAAGACUGAAGACGGAUAUUGUGGUGCAGCCUGCCGAACCAGUCCACCUCGUGUUCCACCGAGCCUAG